AUUGUAAUUCAGAGUGGCGGUAGACACCGGUACCAGUUCGCCGUGCGGCCGCGCGCCUCUUUACUCCGUGCUUCUCUUCUCUUCCGUUGUCCUUUGCCCGAGCUUUGGACAAAGUAACCAGGGGAUUGUUAGCUAGAAGCUAGGUAGCCUGAAGCAAGAUAGCCCGAAGCUAAGUAGCCGGAGCCAGAUAGCUCGAGAGAGAAGACCGUCGUUCUUUGGUAGUCCUCGCGUCGGCGAGGAGACCCAACGAGCCGUGCGUGGCCGUCGACGACGAACGAGGAGAAAGACGCGUGCCGAAGGAAUCGGUGGCCAGCGGAAUCGAUAGUGUCGUGGCAACCACGUCUCAGACUGACCCUGCCGCGCGACCAACGCCGACUACACCUGGCCACGACCGCCACCAGGUGGUCAGUUCGAGCCGCGUUCCCCACGAGGCACGCCGCCUUCCUCCGCGAAAACGCGCGAGCUGCCCGCGAGCAGAGAACCGGUCUCCGUUCGCGAGAGGAUCGAGAGGACGCCCGGCGUCCUGCGAGCCAACGGUAACACGUGUGUCAGUGGUCCCGCGUUCUUGUGACAACAGAGCAGACCGGUCAACGGUGACACCUAGUCUUCGAGGUGACGAUCAGAGGUUCACGGUUCGGUUGGAAGCUGUUGUUGAUCGGAAAGAUGAGGACCAAGUGGAACUGUCUCCGGCCUGGGAGGUGUACCGGAAGUGUCCUCCUGGCGGUGAUUCUUGUCAUCGUUGCAGUUGGGGCUGAAGAGGAGGCUCCUCAGAUCUCGCAGACCGCUGCGAUGAACUAUCUCUCUCAAUUCGGCUACUUGCAACCUAUAAAUCCAACGAGUGGCGGCAUCAUAUCCAAGGACUCGCUGUCCAGAGCGGUCGCCGAAUUCCAAGCUUUCGCAGGAUUGAACAUAACAGGCGACUUCGAUGAAGACACGUACAAGUUAAUGGCACUGCCAAGAUGCGGCGUGAAAGACAAAGUUGGUCCCGGAUUUGGACGAUCGAAGCGGUACGCUCUUCAAGGAUCACGAUGGCGUGUGAAAAAACUGACUUACAAGAUCAGCAAGUACCCGCGGAAUCUGCCGCAGCAAAAGGUCGACGUCGAGCUGAGCAAAGCGUUCAAAGUGUGGUCCGACUAUACAGAUCUCCUCUUCAUUCAGAAGAAAUCAGGACAGGUCCACAUAGAGAUCAGAUUUGAAAAGGGCGAGCACGGUGACGGAGAUCCUUUCGACGGACCUGGUGGCACUUUGGCUCACGCUUAUUUCCCUGUUUAUGGCGGCGAUGCCCAUUUCGACGACGCAGAGCAAUGGACAAUCGACAGUUUUCGCGGCACCAAUCUGUUUCAAGUCGCAGCUCACGAGUUCGGCCAUUCCCUCGGCUUGAGUCACAGCGACGUAAAAACGGCACUGAUGGCACCCUUCUAUCGUGGAUACGAGCCCUACUUCCGGUUGGACGACGACGAUAUCCAGGGUAUUCAGGCUUUGUACGGAAAAAAGACUUCGAAUUCCGGCGGAAUUCCAACUGGACCUAGAUUCGGAACUUCGACUACGUCAGCGCCCAGUGAAGAGGAUUCCGAGCUUUGCACAGAUCCAAAAGUGGACACCAUGUUCAAUUCUGCGGAGGGACACAUAUACGUGUUCAAGGGUGAUCGUUAUUGGAGAUUGACGGCGGACGGAGUGGCAAUCGGCUACCCCAAGCUGAUUUCGAACUCGUGGAAGGGUCUGCCAGGAAACAUAGACGCAGCGUUCACGUACAAGAACGGCAAGACAUACUUCUUCAAGGGCUCAAAGUAUUGGAGAUUCGUGGGCAAGAGAAUGGACGGGGAUUACCCGAAGGAAAUCAGCGAGGGUUUCACUGGCAUUCCAGACAACAUCGACACUGUAACCGUAUGGACCGGAAACGGCAAGAUCUACUUCUACAAAGGUAGCAAGUUCUGGAGGUUCGACCCAGCGCAGAAGCCGCCAGUGAAGAACACUUAUCCUAAACUGAUCUCGAAUUGGGAGGGUCUUCCGGAUAAUCUGGACGCCUCGAUCGUCUAUCGCGGUUAUACGUACUUCUUCAAAGGUGACGCUUACUACCGGUUCCAGGACAGGUCGUUCAGCGUGGACGUUGCUGACCCAGCGUUCCCAAGGUCGACGGCGUACUGGUGGUUCGGGUGCAGGUCCGCCAACAAAGGAACACUAGGUAAUGUCCAAUGGCUGCGUGAAAAUCCUGAAGACAGUUUUCCGCAUGCUGGCAUCCUGGUGCCCGACGACGGUGACUUCGACGACACCGACCGUUACGGAGAUGUGGGAGACAUCAUGCUAGACGCAGAGGACAACAAUCUACACUCGGAAUCGCGUGGGUUCGGGAAAAAGUGAACGAACGGGAAUGAAAAACUUGUUCGUUCGAGGAAUCUCGUUGAGUCGUAAAGCUCGGGUUAGAAGGCAGCGAAAUAUGGAACGAGACAUUUUUCCAGGGAUAAAAAAAAGGUCACUGUUAACACACACUAAAUAAAGCACGGGAUCGCGGGAUGCAGGUUCACGCGGAGCAGACCUCACGGAGAACACUGAUCCACAAAAGCAGACUAAACAAAAGUUCCAAACAACGACGAGAGCCUGCGAUUUAUAACCCAUCACCUGUGUUGAUUCCACCCGCGAAACUAUGCUGAUCACGACCGGUGCAGUGAGCCAUCCAAUCAGCGACGAUCCUCUUACGCUUCUAUAGGCCCCUUUCUACGAUUUGUUUAUGAAAUUCGACAGGCGAAACGGACGAGCAGCUAGUCACGUCUUCCAAUCAGGACGCGGACAACGGAGCGAUGCACAAUUUCGAAUCGUCGUCCCAAUGGUGGUGCCUGUCGUUCAGUAUGAUGACUAUGAUCCUUGCUAAAAUAAUCGCCACUACGUAAAGAGAUGCCUUUUGCCCGCGGAGGUUAUUGAGUGAUGGAAGCCAUCGAUGAGGAGAAGGUCACUAGGAAAAUUUGAACUGAACAUUUGAACAGAAAGGACGCGGCUCGAAGUAUGACGAGCGCACGGAGUGGUGUCAAACUGUGCCAAAACGGCAAUACGCUAAUUUUAAUUCAUGCCCACGAGUCGUAGCCGUUAAUUCCUCUGAUGUCGACGGACACUCUCGCGACAGAUCGUUCGUUAGCCCGUCUCAGUCUCUCAUGAAACAAUCAUUCCAUUACUGAAGCAACGUUACCCGAAUAUAGUUUUAAAUAUUUUGGGUAAAUAUGCAGUUUAAAGGAGCUAACUCCGACUUCAAUGAUCUUGGCGCUCUUUUUUAGUUUUCAAGAUAUUCGCCAUACUCAAAAAGAGAUGUUUCAGAUUGUUUCUCGCGCUAGAGAUCUAACUCAGACCCAACCCAGGAUCAUAUUUGUGUAUAAGCCUUUCAGUAAUCGUAGUAAUAUAGCAACAACUUUUCGAGAAUCUCUAAAAAAAAAAACAAAACGAGGGCGCCUUUUUUAUAUAAGAAAAAGUUGUCCAGCAUGAUAACCUUGACAACAUAUUUCAAGGUGAUUGAAAUCAAAGGUGGAUUCGCUAAACUGUAUAUUUAUCAUAUUUUGCUUCAUCGAGUAGCCGUAAGUAUUUCGCAGCGUGCCUCGCGAGAUGCACUUUAUUCGAUUAACGCAUUUUAAUUGCGAAUAUUGUUGCACCUCGCCAGACAUCCUGUACAUAUGUAAAGUAUGCAAGAGUAUGUAAAAUAUGUUUAUACACUACAUUGUAUGCAACAAUGUGUCACCAAACCUGUUAACACUGCCUAUUUAUUCUUUAUUCGUACCGAUCGUUUUGUAUAGAUCUUAAUGUUAAUGGCACUUAUCUCGCGUGUUUGUGCAAAACAUGACAAAUAGCGAAUAAAGAAGAAGGUCAAUUGGUUUCAUAAACUGACAGUAUCAUGAGUAUUAUAGAGUUUUCGCUUCUCGGAAUAUAAGGAAAUACAGAAUAAUUUGUUCAAAUAAUUUGAGGAAACAUCUAUAGUACUCAUAGUAGUCACUAUACCAGAAAAUUGUUCUCUAUACAAGUGCCUUAAAAUUUUGUCAAUAUAUAGUAAAAUUUCAUUAUCUUUCUUUUAUGUAUGGAUUUCUGUCAUUCUAUUAUCAUUAUUACAAUGCAUUAGUGAAGACAAUUAUCGUACAUCUUCUGUGGACAGUCUUAUUCUUUAUUUACAAAUUUUUACGUCAAAUUUCAAAUCAAUAUGUGAAUAACAUACACAAUUUGUAGCAUACAUAUAUCAUUCUAGAAACAUUGAUGACGGUAUCAUAUGUUUCUUUACAUUCUAGGAAAUGUUUCCGUAAUUUUUCGUUAUAAAUAAAUAAUUGAGUACUUAAGAAUUACUUAGUUUUAAGCGCGAAACCAAGCACAAAAAGCCUUGUACAGUUUUUUAAUAAUUGUUGAAUAAAUUGUUUUUUAAAAGAAAAACGGACUGCAAUGAAUUCAAAGUUUUAUAUUAUCGCCGUUACGAACAGUUAAAUAAUCGAAUACAGCAUGUCCUUAAAAUGAUGCAAUGUACAAGGCCUUUAUUUGCUCUAGAUCUUCCGUCAGGGCAAUAAAUUGAUUCAUAUUGAAACUUGCCACAUUGUGCUAUGCCCUGACAUUGUACAGUAUGAAUAAAAAUGAAGGAAAAGUUCGUUUAACAUAAUGCUUAUUCGAAAAGUUGAAGACAUCUGUUUCUGACCAAAUUAUUUUUAUUGAUCGAUAUUUUACAUCAUAAAAUUGAAAUUUUAAUAAAAAAAACAUAAAAUUA